GCCGUCGCCGGUAUCUGUGUAUCGUUCGAUUAAUCGCCUUACUGGCACUGGUAAUGAUCGUUGGUGCAACUUCUCAAAUGGGUUUUAGCGAUGUUAAUAGUUUUGUUUUAGUUCACUGAGUUAAAACUGCAUAACAGUACUCCAACAAUAAUAACAUCUAUGCUCACCAACUUACUCAAGUUCUGAGGAUGUGGAAAAUUUGCCGGCGAAUGGGAUUGUUAGUUACUGAACUAAUUGUAUUGUUUAUGUGACUACUAUACAAUAUCAUCAGUAUAGUAACUACAACAGUAAUAUAUAAACAGAUUGGAGCUGGGAUAAGACAUUGACGUUGUCUAUCAUCAUGAACAAUCCUUUUAUUUAUACUAAUAUCACAGCGAAUUUGGAUUUACCAUGAAUGUCCCGGGAAGAAGCCAGAGAAUAUUUGAGGCACACAUCAGGGAAGUUGCCCCCCAAACAAUAAAAAGAUCUCCUUAUUUUGAUUUUUUUGUCCUCGCCGUGAAGACAUUAGCAUUGGUGCUGUUUUACUACUGUUUCUCAAUUAGUCUGACGUUUUACAACAAAUGGCUGUUAGGGACUUUUCACUAUCCACUUACUGUAACUAUUUACCACUUGGUGUUGAAAUUUAUAAUAGCUGUCAUUGUUAGACAAAUAACACAACUAGUCACAAAGAAGAAACCAUUGACACUUGGAUGGGGACUUUAUUUAAAGAAAGUUGCUCCUACUGGCUUGGCCAGCUCACUUGACAUUGGAUUAUCCAACUGGAGUUUUCUCUUUAUAACAGUCUCUCUGUAUACAAUGUCAAAAUCAUCAGCAAUUAUUUUUAUUCUUGUAUUUGCAAUAAUAUUUAAACUGGAAGAGUUUAGGGUGUCUCUCAUAGCCGUUAUAUUGCUGAUAGCUGUGGGACUGUUUUUAUUCACUUAUAAAUCAACACAAUUCAAUCUAGAGGGUUUUAUACUAGUCAUGACUGCAUCAAGUCUUAGCGGUAUUCGGUGGUCAAUGGCUCAGCUGUUAACACAAAAAGAAGAAAUAGGUUUGUCCAAUCCUGUUGAUCUAGUAUAUCAUUUACAACCUAUUAUGAUUGUAGGACUGAUUCCAUUGGCAAUUGCAUUUGAAGGUCUUCCUGUGGUGUCAACAGAACAGUUUUUAGGCUACACAGACCAGAAUGCAUUUAUAUACUCUAUAUCAAUAUUAUCCCUUGGUGCUUGCUUAGCAUUCAUGCUGGGAGUGUCUGAGUAUUUACUUUUAGGACAGACAUCCAGUCUAACUUUAUCUAUAGCAGGAAUAUUUAAGGAGAUUUGCACUCUGUACAUAGCAACCCAGUACGUUGGUGAUAUACUCACACCUAUCAAUGCAGUCGGUAUGGUUAUCUGUCUAAGUGGAAUCACACUCCAUGUCAUCCUCAAGGCAGCCCGCUCCAAAAAACAAGGAAAGAGCCACUCAGGAAAAGAUUACCUGAAAGAAGAUUCAGAGAAUGGUGAGGCAAUCCAGAUGUUGGUUGCCAAUGGUGAAGCAAAUGAUGAUGAUGACGAUGAAGACGAUGAGGAAAUAUUUGAUGCAAGGAUGCACAAAGGAAGGAGAAAUUAUGCCAAGACUGAACUCUGAUGCUGAGAAUAAGCGUGAAUUUGAAAAGACACUCACAAUUAUAAACUAAAUGAUACGGCUAAAAAAAUAUAUUCUAUUUUUCAGAUAUUUACUGAUUCAGUGC